UGCAUCUGGUGCAAGUGUUGUUGCCAUUGACAACAAAAUAGAACAGGCAAUGGAUCUAGUGAAAAGCCAUUUGAUGUAUGCAGUCAGAGAAGAAGUGGAGGUCCUGAAGGAACAAAUAAAAGAAUUGGUAGAAAGAAACUCUUUACUUGAACGAGAGAACGCACUGUUAAAAUCUCUCUCCAACAGCGAUCAGCUGUCCCAGCUCUCCACCCCUCAGCCCGCCCCCAGCAGCUCUUCGCAGGCGCAGGCAGGGACGGCGCAGCCCCCGCAGCAGCCGAACGUCUCCUCCGUGUGA